UUUAGGAUCUCUCCUCUAUCUCAACGACACUUCCCAAAAAAACAUUUUGAGAUUUCACACCUUUCUGAUCUUGAUUUGAAGAAGAUAUUGUUGUAGUCAUGAACCACGGAAACAUUGGUCUUUACCCUCUUCAGCGUUGCAAAACCAUUCACCUGGUGAGACAUGCUCAAGGGAUUCAUAACGUGGCUGGUGAAAAAGAUCACAGUGCUUACUCUUCUGAAGAUUACUUUGAUGCUCAUCUCACCCCUCUUGGUUGGCAACAGGUUGAUAAUCUAAGGAGCCAUGUUAGAGAAACUCAGCUCUUAAACAAGGUUGAACUUGUUAUUGUUUCACCUUUGCUUAGAACUAUACAAACUGCUGUUGGUGCUUUUGGAGGUGAAGAAGAUACUAAUGGAGCUGAUGCAACACCGCUUAUGGUGGCCAACGCUGGGAGCAGCGAUCACCCUGCGAUUUCAAGCUUAAAUAGCCCACCUUUUCUUGCUGUUGAGCUAUGCAGGGAAACUAUGGGUGAUCAUCCUUGUGAUAGGCGAAGAAGCGUCACAGAGUACAAGGCUCUCUUUCCCGCAAUCGAUUUCUCUAUUAUUGAAAGCGACAAGGAUGUUUUGUGGAAGCCAAGUCCAAGAGAGAGCCUUGAAGAAGUUGCAGCCAGAGGUGUAGAGUUCAUCAAAUGGCUAUGGACGCGGAAAGAGAAGGAGAUCGCAGUUGUAUCUCACAGCGGCUUCUUGCACGGUAUGUUAAAUUCUUUCGGGAAGGACUGUGCCGAUGACAUCAAGAAAGAGCUGUCUAUACAUUUCAAAAACUGUGAGCUUCGCUCUGUGGUCAUCGUCGAUCAAGGGAACCUGGGGACUGAUUCUGUAGAGACCACAAACUAUCCUGGGAAGGUUCCUCAAGGACUUGAUCAUCCAAGUGCCUAAACAGCUCAAGAGUAAGAGAGAGCACAAGUUUCUGAGAUAGUUAUUUCCUUCUCAAAAUAAUAAAUUACAAUGAUUGUUCCAUUGGACUAGAAUUUGACCUUUUCAGUUAUUGAUGAACAUUAGUGAAAUAUUGGUAUGUAGGUUGACUCUGCUGCCACAUUAAUUCUACUGAUUAUAUGAUUGUUCUUACUCCAAAAUUUGGUGGUAGCUUUUAAUC